GAAUCAUCCAUUGAUGUUGCCUCUUCUCAGAGAGGGCGGGUACUUCCGGGUUGUAGUAUAAACCCCAAGGCCUGCGCGUGUGCUUGUUAAUAUCUUUUCUCUUUCUGCUCCGGGUUUAUUCGCUGUAAAGUAUGGCUGAGAACGAUGCCGAUAACGAGCUUUUGGACUACGAGGAGGACGAGGAGCCUCAGGUAGCACCAGAGAGUGUCACCCCAGUUGGGAAGAAGGAAGUGAAGGGUUCGUACGUGUCCAUCCACAGCUCAGGCUUCAGGGACUUUCUGCUCAAGCCCGAGCUCCUGAGGGCGAUCGUGGACUGCGGCUUCGAGCAUCCGUCUGAAGUGCAGCACGAGUGUAUCCCACAGGCCAUCCUGGGCAUGGACAUCUUGUGCCAAGCGAAAUCGGGUAUGGGGAAGACGGCGGUGUUUGUCCUGGCCACGCUGCAGCAGAUCGAGCCCGUGGAUGGACAGGUGUCGGUGCUGGUGAUGUGUCACACGCGUGAGCUGGCCUUCCAGAUCAGCAAAGAGUACGAGCGCUUCUCCAAGUACAUGCCCACGGUGAAGGUGGCCGUGUUCUUCGGCGGCCUGCCCAUCAAGAAGGACGAGGACGUGCUGAAGAAGAACUGCCCACACAUUGUGGUGGGGACGCCCGGCCGCAUCCUCGCCCUCAUCCGCAAUAAGACGCUCGGCCUCAAAAACGUCAAACACUUCGUCCUGGACGAGUGCGAUAAGAUGCUGGAGCAGCUCGAUAUGAGGCGUGAUGUGCAGGACAUCUUCAGACUCACCCCUCAUGAGAAGCAGUGCAUGAUGUUCAGCGCCACCCUGAGUAAAGAGAUCCGGCCGGUCUGCCGCAAGUUCAUGCAGGAUCCGAUGGAGGUGUUUGUGGACGACGAGACGAAGCUGACGCUGCACGGCCUGCAGCAGUACUACUGCAAACUGAAGGACAGCGAGAAGAACCGCAAGCUCUUUGAUCUGCUCGAUGUUCUCGAGUUCAACCAGGUGGUGAUCUUUGUGAAGUCUGUGCAGCGCUGCGUGGCUCUCUCUCAGCUGCUGGUGGAGCAGAACUUCCCAGCCAUCGCCAUCCACAGAGGCAUGGCUCAGGAGGAGAGGCUGUCGCGCUACCAGCAGUUUAAAGACUUCCAGCGGAGGAUCCUGGUGGCCACUAACCUGUUCGGCAGAGGGAUGGACAUUGAGAGGGUCAACAUCGUCUUCAACUACGACAUGCCUGAGGACUCGGACACGUACCUGCACAGGGUCGCCCGCGCUGGCCGUUUCGGCACUAAGGGUCUGGCCGUGACGUUUGUGUCCGAUGAGACUGACGCCAAAACGCUGAACGACGUGCAGGACCGCUUCGAGGUCAACGUGGCCGAGCUACCGGAAGAGAUCGACAUCUCCACUUACAUCGAACAGUCCAGAUGAGUCGUUGCGUCGCGCCUGUGGACCACCAGCUCGCAGAUGUACCCUUGACCGUGUCGUCAUUGCCUGGCUGCUGCAGGAGUCACCUCCGGUGCAUGCUGUCAGUUUUAAAGUUCUGUACCAUGACGCCAUUUUUAACGUUUUUACUGUUUCUCUUUUGGGGUGGGGAGGAAAAAAUACUUUUUGUCCCAAGUCAUGUUUUAUUUUUAUUUUUUUGUUUGUUUUAAAGGAAUUAAAACUUUUUAUACAGUUGCUGUUAA